CGUUGUGUGUGUGUUUCUCCACUAACUUUCAUUAACUACUGUACUUGACUUACUAGCGAAGACUUCUCUUUACCUCUUCCAUGUUCUUUCCAAUUCCAAUACAAACUCCAUCGUUUUAUUCUCCUUCUUCCUCUUCCUUUAAAAGCCUUGGUUGGCAAUUGCAGUAACAAGGUUGAAGUUGAAUUCAAUGGCUACUCUAUGGUUUCUCAAUUUGGCUCUCAAAUGCAUUCACCAUUUUGCAUGGCCUCUUCUUGCUCUGGGGUAUCCUAUGUGUGCUUCCGUACAAGCAAUUGAGACUGAUUCCAACAAGGAAAUGAGGAAUUUGAUCUCAUAUUGGAUACUUCUCUCAUUGUUAUACCUGUUUGAGUAUGCUUUUAUGAGACUUCUCCAAUGGUUUCAGUGCUGGCCUUACAUGAAGCUAAUGAUCAUCUUCUGGCUCAUCAUACCCGACUUCGGACGAGCUUCAAACGUGUAUAAUAACCUUAUUUGCUCAUGGAUCUCCAUGAAACCACAAACAGACAUAUGCAGAUGGAGGAAGUUUUUUGUCAAGAAAGAAAACUUUUUACUGCAAGAAGAGAAAUAUAUAAAAGAUAAUGGAACUGAAGCCUUGGAGAAAUUCAAUGCUAGCAAGGACACAACAGAUAAACCUGAUGCAGAAGCAACAAAUGCGAUUAGAGUUACUUGUAAUAAAGAAAUGCAACAGAUUGUGCAGAAAAAUGAAAAAAUGCUCCAAACAGAGCACAAAGACAUUAAAGAUUUGGAGGUCAUUGAGAAAAAAGAAAUUCCUGCUGGCAAGCAAGAUAUUCCUUCCUCACCUAACCUUGCAGCAAGCCAUAAUGCUUCAUCAACCAUGGUGGAAAAUAAAGGAAUAGGAGUGAAAGGCAGCGCCAGUGAAGAGUUUUCUCAGAGUUCAACACAUAAGGAAGUGCAAAAAGAGUGGACUUGCGCUUUGUGUCAGAUAAAAGCUUCGAGCGAGAAAAACUUGAAAUCCCACUUACAUGGGAAGAAACACUGGGAAACUUAUCAAGCUUUAAGAGCAAAGACUCGACCUGUGACUCAGAAGCUGAAAAUUGAUCUUCCCAAAGAGGAACAGAAACAGAAGAACAUCAUUACCAAUUAUCAGCUAAGUUACAAGACCAAUAAGGGAGAGAGUAUUGUUAACACUGGUUUGAAGGGAAACGAAGUCAUGGAUCAUAAUAAGGUGAAAGAAAUGCAAAAGAUCCUGUCUCAAUAUGCUAAGGUGAAAUAUUCCAAUUUUAGGUGUGAAGUCUGUAAUGUCUGCUGCACUAGUAAGGGUGACCUGGCCUCUCACUUAAAUGGGAGGAAGCACUUGGAAAAUAUUAUGGGGGUAGAUGAGCUUAGAGGUAGUUGAGUUUUCACUAUUGCUACAAAUGCUCGGGGUAGAAAAGUCUGUGUGUAGAUUGGUAGUUUAAUUGACAGUAGGGAGACUGCUUGAAAGUUGAAAGGAAUUUGGGGAACAGAACCUGUAUUACCUAGUAUUUAUUCUGGUAGUUGUUCUACCUUGUUCAGAGGGUUAAUGAAUAUAUCCUUCUCUAUGACAACUUUUUUUUAACUUCUAAGUCACUGCAUCGCAGGUUCUUUUGCUGGGGACAGUGAAUUGUUUGAACACUUCAUUCCCAUAUCUA